AUUAGGUAGGUAGUUAACCAAUCAUUACUAAUCAUUCUCUCUGCCAGUCAUACCCGGUGGAGGGCGCGAGGAAACUCUUAAUGCAUCAAUCAUCCGGUCUCCGUUAUGGUUGCACUGCCAUCUGCUCUGUUUGCAGCAAAAUAUGCGCAUCAAUCACGAUGUUAUCAAUGAAAGACUGGUUUUUGAUGGCAUGACAUUUCCGCGGUGGGUACUUGCGGUUGGAAAUGACACUGUGCCUGCUGCCUCCUUAGAUGAUAAUAAUGAUCGAGCCUGGAUCAACAUCCCCACAUGUCUGGUCCUGCCACCUAAUGGUGACUCAAUUGCUCCAAUUGUUGAUUUUGUCUUCCAUGGCCUCCUUGACUCAUACAGGUCAGUUUCCUUUCUCAAGAACCGCGCUGUCAUAACACCGACAAAUGAAACAGUUUCCAGAAUCAAUGCAUCUGUGCUUUCAUGCAUUCCUGAGGAAACAAAGACAUACUACAGCACAGACAGUUUGUGUACCGAAUCGACAGAUGAUUCGGAGCUUGAAAAUCUCUACCCUGUCGAGUUACUCAAUUCUCUGGUCUUCAACGGAAUGCCUGAACACAAAUUGUCUUUGAAACUCUAUACACCAAUCAUGCUGCUGAGAAACAUCGACCCACCUGCUGGUAUGUGUAAUGGAACCAGACUCAUGGUAGUACAUCUUGGUACUAAUGUCAUUAAGGGGAUUAUACUCACCGGUACAUACGAGGGCACAGUUGUUGCCGUACCCAGAAUUUCUCUCAACUUCAGUGAACAUAAAUGGCCAUUCACAAUGAAGCGCAGGCAGUUUCCAGUGCGCCUUUGUUACGCCAUGACGAUUAACAAGAGUCAGGGCCAGACUCUGGAUCGUGCAGGAGUCUUCCUACCAAAACCUGGUUUUAGUCACGGCCAAUUGUAUGUUGCUAUUUCCAGGGUCCGGUCUGCAGCGGGUCUUAGAUUUCUCAUACACAAUGAUAGCAGCCUGCCCACCAACUGCACGAAGAACGUCGUCUACACAGAAUUGUACUCUGAACUGAUCUUCCUGUUGGAAUAAGUUAGUGUUCUUAGGUUUGUGUGUCGUUUUGAAUUGCUGCUGAGUCGUUUAGUGGUUUCUUAGAGCUGAAUUUAAAGGAUAGAUUUGUUUAGAGUCAUUUAGUAGUAGUUCUACUGCAGGGGUCAACAGUGGUUAGAGGGGUUGCUGAUUUUCAGGACGUGGGUUAGUGGAUGGAGGUUUGAGAGUCGAGUUUACAACUUAGCCAAAGCUUGGGACUGUAUAUAUGGUCUUUUUUUUGUCAUUAUUUAAAACAUAAAAGAUGGGUCCGCUU